GAGGUGCAACCAAAACAGCUGUUAGACAUUGCAACAGGGAUAUUCUGGCAGGGUGUCUGGCUAGCAUUAGUUCUGAAUACGGUUGUGGUUUUGAUCACUAAAAUGGCUGUGACUUUUGGACUCUUUUUGAGUGUUUCUUGGCUUUGUUGCCUGCUAAUUGGAGGGAUAAAGUGUCUUCCACUUCAAGGUGAUGCUUAUGGGCAUCCUGCCUGCACUGGACCUGAACCAACUGGAUCCCAAGCAAGUGUGGUGUCUGGUCCAAAUGCUAAAGCUACUGGCUACAAUACCCUGGCAAGUGUGACGCAUGGUCCAAAUGCCACAGCUGAAGCAACUGCCAACCAUGCCUCUGCAGAAGCGGCCCGCGCCUCAGCUGAAGCAACUGCCAACCAUGCCUCUGUAGAAGCGGCCCGCGCCUCAGCUGAAGCAACUGCCAACCACGCCUCUGCAGAAGCGGCUGGCCCCCACGCCUCAGCUGAAGCAACUGCCAAACACACCUCUGCAGAAGCGGCUGGCCCCCGCGCCUCAGCUGAAGCAACUGCCAAACAUGCCUCUGCGGAAGCGGCCGCCGGCCCCCGCGCCUCAGCUGAAGCAACUGCCAAACAUACCUCUGCGGAAGCGGCCGGCGGCCCCGGCGCCUCUGCAGAAGCGGCUGGCCCCCGCGCCUCAGCUGAAGCAACUGCCAAACAUGCCGCCGGCCCCCGCGCCUCAGCUGAAGCAACUGUCAAACAUGCCGCCGGCCCCCGCACCUCUGCGGAAGCGGCCGGCCUUGAACAGACGGCCCGACCCCUCAACAAGCUAGAUAGGGAGAUCAUAAUUUGGUUUGCCCAACUCCUUAAUCGUCUUUCCCCUGUUACUGUGCCUCCAUUUGAAAAGGGCAAAGGUAACUGAGGUGAGGAAUUGUGCAAACUAAUGCGCUUGUUUGAAAUGAGGAUUUCCUUCACUUGCUCAUCGUUAUGCAAAUUGUUUACAGGGGUGAACACUACAAUGGUAUGGUUUUGAAAAAAAAAUCAUACGACUAAAAUUUACAUCUGAUUUGGCCACUAUUACAGACACUUAGGUUGUACGGUUAUGAUUUGUCCUGGUGUUCCUGCUACUUUGCAUGAUUUGUUCAAUAAACAAUUUGACAUCCAAAA